AUGACUGACGUAGUAACGUCGUCCGAUUUCGUGCAAGAACCUUUUCAGUCUGAGAGGCAGCCGCCUUCUGAUUCUUCUAAAGCUAGUGACAACGAACACGACAAUUUAGACGAUGAUGUGGAGACUUUAAGCUCUGAGGACGACGGCGAUGCCCACGAUGCAGUGGGGUUUGGAGACGCUAUGAGCAAGAUUUUAGGCCAGAAUGUAGCGGAGGACGCGCAACCAAUCUUAGCGAAGCGUACAACGGCUCGUAUGCGUGAAAUUGAGAUUGAGAAGAAAGAGACGAAAACAGCACGAGUUAGUACUGCAGAGAAGCGCGAACGUGAGCAGAAGGACAUGGUGGUGCCUGAUCACACAACAGCAGUGCAGGACCGUAAGUUGCGUAUGAUUGCAACUAAAGGAGUGGUUGCAUUAUUUAACGCGAUUGAGAAGCAUCAGCACCUUGUUAAUAAGCAGGAGGACAAGAAUAACAAAAAGGUCAAGGAAAUGUCAAAAGAUAAUUUUCUCGAUUUGCUUAAGGCGUCACAACACAAGACUACAGAAAAUGUGGCUACCAAGAGCUCGUGGUCUGUAGUCCAAGAUGACUUUAUGAUGGGCGCUAAACUUACGGAUUGGGACAAGGAGCACGGCAAUGAAGUGGGGCGUGUGCGGCAAAGUGGCGACGCUGAUGUUGAGGCAGUAGAAGACGUGGCAUGGAGACAAGGACAAGCGAUGGAUGAUAUUGAGAGCGAGGACGAAGCAUCUGAAACGAACGAGAAGUCGAAGCGACGGACAAAUUUGGCCGUUAAGAAAAGUAGUAAGAAAGCUAAGCGUUCUUAA